AUUUUUCUUCUUCGGCCUCAUGGAGGAAGUGAGAAAGUUGGCACGAUCACCCACGGCUUCCCAGGACCCGGUCACUCAGUGACAGAUGGACAAUGCAAGGAUGAGCUCCUUCCUGGAAUACCCCAUCCUUAGCAGUGGCGACUCGGGGACCUGCUCAGCGCGAACCUACUCCUCGGACCAUGGGAUUACAACUUUCCAGUCGUGCGCAGUCAGUGCCAACAACUGCAGCGGCGACGAUCGCUUCCUAGUGGGCAGGGGGGUGCAGAUCAGCUCGCCCCACCACCACCACCACCACCACCACCACCACCAUCAUCACCCUCAGCCGGCCACUUAUCAGACUUCUGGAAAUCUGGGGGUGUCUUACUCCCACUCGAGUUGUGGUCCGAGCUACAGUGCGCAGAACUUUGGUGCGCCUUACAGUCCCUAUGGGUUAAACCAAGAAGCAGACGUAAGUGGUGGGUACCCCUCGUGCGCUCCCGCUGUGUACUCUGGAAACCUCUCAUCUCCCAUGGUCCAGCAUCACCACCACCACCACCACCACCAGGGUUAUGCCGGGGGCACGGUGGGCUCGCCUCAGUACAUUCACCACUCAUACGGACAAGAGCACCAGAGCCUGACCCUGGCCACGUAUAGUAACCCUCUGUCCCCUCUCCACGCCAGCCACCAAGAAACCUGCCGCUCCCCUGCCUCGGAAACGUCUUCUCCAGCACAGACCUUUGACUGGAUGAAAGUCAAAAGAAAUCCUCCCAAAACAGGCAAAGUCGGAGAGUUUGGCUACGUGGGUCAGCCCAACGCUGUGCGCACCAACUUCACCACUAAGCAGCUCACGGAGCUGGAGAAGGAGUUCCACUUCAACAAGUACCUGACGCGGGCUCGCAGGGUGGAGAUCGCCGCGUCUCUGCAGCUCAACGAGACGCAGGUGAAGAUCUGGUUCCAGAACCGCCGCAUGAAGCAGAAGAAACGCGAGAAGGAGGGGCUCCUGCCCAUCUCUCCAGCCACCCCUCCCGGCAGCGAGGAGAAGGCUGAGGAAUCCUCUGAGAAGUCCAGCUCCUCACCCUGCGUCCCUUCGCCGGGGUCCUCUACCUCUGACACCCUACCUACCUCUCACUGA